UAUCAACUUCCUUAACAAAAACAAUAUACUGUCACAGAUGAAAAGAGUGUCAUGAAAAUGCUAGUCAGACAUUUGAUUGUUCUCACCAUCGGUUCCAUAUGUUUAGGAAACCCAGAUGACACGUACAUUGCACCAUUGAUAGACGACCCACAAAGAGCACCGUUAGUAGCUUUGCUAAACACUAGUGACAUCAGCCAAAAUAUAUUGAAAUCAUUUGGGAAACAACUAAAUGAAAAGGUGGAUAGGUUAAUCGAGCAGAAAUUUGGAGAUAUUCACAAUCGAAUUCAAGAAUUGGAAGAAAAAAGUACAGACCUUUUAACCGGAACUAGAAUCGGAAAAGUGAUUAGAGAUUGCAGCGAUCUUCCAAAAGAUUUUCGAAGUGGUAUCUACAGGAUAAAACCCGACAAAGCAGAAUCAUUUGAUGUUUAUUGUGAGAUGACAAUUGACUCUGGCCGUUGGACUGUUAUACAGAGGAGAGAGAGUAAUGAUCUUGAUUUCUAUCUAGGAUGGGCAAAAUACAAAACAGGAUUUGGUCAACUUAAUCGAGAAUUUUGGUUGGGUAACGACAAGAUUCACACCUUGACAUCACAAGGGAGAUAUGAAUUGAGAAUAGACCUAUAUGACUUUGACAACAAUCAAGCUUAUGCUAAAUACCAACAUUUCUACAUAGGCAAUGAAACAUCAAAAUACAAACUAAAUGUCUACGGCUAUAGUGGGAAUGCGGGUGACAGUCUUGACUACGCUAACCUUGGAAGAUUUACAACUCUUGACAGGGACAAUGAUGAUGCUAAAGAUAACUGCGCUCGACGCCAUCCUGGUGCAUGGUGGUACACGAAUUGCAUGCAUUCUAAUCUCAACGGACAUUACUACAUCAAGACUUCUGUGGGAGGUUGGAAUGGAAUAAUUUGGAGUACAUGGAAAGGCUAUAAGCAUUCACUAAAGGCAACUUCUAUGAAGAUUCGUAGACUAUAGAUAUAUUCGAUAUUUACAAUAAAACAGGAUGUUCAAUAGCACAUUUGUUUAGUAAUAAUUAAAAUAAAUAUGAUGCA